AGAGACAAGAAAUCUACAACCUGCACUCAGUGUGGAAAGAGUUUCUCAAAGAAACAACAUCUUGAGAUUCACAUGAGAGUUCAUACUGGAGAGAAGCCGUUCACAUGUGAUCAGUGUGGGAAGAGCUACAGUCAAUCAUCAAACCUUAAAGCACACAUGAGGAUCCACACCGGAGAGAAGCCGUUCACAUGUGAUCAUUGUGGGAAGAACUGCACACAAAAAGGAAAUCUUAAGGAACACAUGAGAAUUCAUACAGGAGAGAAGCCGUUCACAUGUGAUCAGUGUGGGAAGAGUUUUACAUCAAAACAAAGUCUUAAGAUUCACAGUGCAGUUCACACCAGAGAGAAGCAGUUCGAAUGUCAUGAAUGCAGCAAAACGUUUCUCUGGGCAACAAACCUGAAGAAACAUCUGACAGUUCAUACAAAGGAGAAGCCACAUUCAUGUUCUGUGUGUGGAAAGAGUUUUUCACUGCUGUAUUAUUUAAAUAAACAUGAGAAAAUACACACUGGUGUGAGAGAGUACAUGUGUUUUGAGUGUGAGAAGACUUUUACUACAUUAAAGUAUUUAAAAGUGCACCAGAGAAUUCACACUGGAGAAAAACCUCACAAGUGUUCACAGUGUGACAAGAGAUUCAGUGAUUCAUCAUCUCUAAAAACACAUGAAAGGAUCCACACUGGAGAAAAACCUUACAAGUGUUCACACUGUGACAAGAGAUUUAAUCAGUCAUCAUAUAUGAAAACACAUGAGAAGAUCCACACUGGAGAAAAACCUUACAAGUGUUCACAAUGUGACAAGAGAUUCAGUGAUUCAUCAUCUCUGAAAACACAUGAAAGGAUCCACACUGGAGAAAAACCUUACAAGUGUUCACAGUGUAACAAGAGAUUCAGUGAUUCAUCAAAUCUGAAAACACACGAGAGGAUCCACAGCAGAGAGAAGCCAUACACGUGUGAUCAGUGUGGAAAGAGUUUCUCUUUUAAAAAUCAGCUGAAAAUACACAUGAAGAUCCAUGCAGUGGAGAAACCACAUCACUGCAGAUUGAAAUCACGAUAAGUAGUUCAUCUUUAUGUGCUGAGAAACAAAGUAGUUUCCUUACAGCCACAAUAAGUGGCAGGACAGUUUGGUGGUUGCUUAGUGUCUGCUUGAAAAAUCUGAAUCUUCUCCUGAAACUACAACAGAAUGAUCAAAUCAUUGUUAAAACAGACUGUGUGGAUUCUUCCCUUAAGGUCAUUGUGACAAACUGCCAUGUUUCUUUCUAUUAU